AUGCCGAUAAGCUCCGGUAAGGUAAUUUGCGUGUCACUGGCGCAUAUUAUUUUUGGAACACUGAUGACCGUCUGUGGCGUUCUCCAAGUUAUUCUUCAGCUGAAAUUUUUGUGGUUGGAUUCUUUCUACACUGGUAUCUGGGUCGGAAUAUGGGUGAGUAAUAUUGACCAAUAUUAGGAUACUUUAUCUAGAUGCAGCAACUGUAAGAUCCCCUCUUUACAAACUCAUCAGUCAAUUCGUGAAUAGAAAACAAAGCCAACCAGCACUCAAGGGAAGAAUGUUUUUUUCUGUCACAAACUUUUGCCAAGAACUGGCCGCCUGAUUUAGCGAAACAUAACACAGCGAGAAAAAAAUUAAGAACGGAACGAAUCCACAAAACUGGAGGAUAUUACAAUGAAUUUUAAAACUUUUUUGCCCCUGCAACGGCUUUUGAGUCAUCUCUGUUUCUUGCAACUUUACAAGCGUAACAAAUCUGUUUGUCGUGAAAAUGUGACUUAAUUGUCUAUUUAUUUUUAGGUUAUUUUUUCCCCACCCAGGCGUUUUCAGUUGCUAGUAAUAACCACUUAACUAUCCAAUUUAAACUUUAAACUUCUACAUGAGAUGGUAGCACAGUAUUUUCCAUGUGAUUGAGAGAUCCAGAAACCUCCAAGUCGGACCUGAAAAUAAUAAAACUUGGCUUUUGGCCCAUUUUCGGCGUUUGGAUAUCGGAUGAAAAAGUGUCUCACAAAUUAAAGCACCUUUUGCAUAGCGUGUUAUAACAACAGAAAUCGUCAAAAAAUCGAGGUGGGGUUUGGGUGGUAGACUUUAACUAGUAGCAGUACGAUCUCUUUCUUUUAAAAACGAAUAAGUGCUACACAACAGAGAAGAAAAAGUAACAUGAUAUGCGGAAGUACGGCAGACAUGUCCAUGUUUAAAUUGUUUAUAAAACGUCACAUUUGGAGUUGACCAUUGCGUUUGAAAUCGAAAGAACAAAGUACAUCCAACUUCAAUGUUGCACAACUUGUUCCGUGCAUAUAGCGAAUGAUUUACAAUUGCUGUCGCCAGGUUCCUGUGGCUUAUGGCAAAAGUCUCAACAAACUGUGGUCCUGAAAAUAUGGAUGGCAGAAAUAACGAUAAGACUUACAUGCUUUUAUGACUCAAAAAAAAAAUAAUCUACUUAAUAUCUUCCAUCGUUUGACAAUUCAAAUGACCGUCUCUGUCCAGAAAGAUUAUUGAGAUCCAGAAAUGUUACUACGUGACGUCACAUGCAUUUAGUUGCGCAAUGACGAAAUGUGGGGUGAAUUGAUUGUUGCCUUUAUCAUGACAUUUAUCAAUCCAUGACGAAUGUUAAGUGGGUGAUUGACGGUUUCGGCUUCCCUUUUUCAAGCUUUAUCAUGACAUUUUUGUAGUGCAAAUGCUGUCAAUUCAGCUAGUGUGUUGAACAAAUAAUUUUUUGGAGAGUUUUCAUCGUUAUUUUGCUUGGUGGAUCUCUAUGAUCAAGAUGGAUGUAAUUUUCUUAAAAAAGAGACUUCAACUUCAUCAUCGCUAAGAGACAAUUUGAUAGAGGAAACAAUGGAUUAUUCAGAGAUUGAAAUAUUUUUUCUCGGGCAAGCUAUUGCGACAUUGAUAUGCUUAAGUUGUCUGUUGUUGCUGAUUUUUUUGCAGAUGAGCUUCACAGGAAUUUUGGGUGUCAUCGCCAGUUUCAGGAUUAAAUUCUUUGUAAGUAUCAAGUAGAACAGAGAAACUUAACAACCCAAAAAUAGCAUUAAAUAAGAUACUUUGGAAAGAUCUUCAUUAUCCACUUCCCAAGUCAACGUUGUAGAAGAUGUAGUGAUAGUUCACCCCAUAUGAGGGAAUCCAAGAGAUAGUCUUGGAUUGUAGACUCCACACCGUGGAUUCCAGAUUCUGGACUCCAAUCUUAAGUGUGAUUCCGGAUUCCUUGAGCUGUAUUCCGAAUUCUUAAGUCAAAGAUUCCGGAUUCCACAAGCAAAAAUUUCCCAGAUUCCGGAUUCCUCGGACUCCAGAUUCCGGAAUCCAUCGCAAGGGGCCAGAUAGUAAACUUUGACCUUUUUUACUACGGCUUAGUUUGUCGUUUGUCUCACCAUGGUAACUUUGAGACUGCCUGUGAUUUUCUGACCGCCCUUUGCUAAUGCGCAUCAGGCAAUCGUGGCGAUAGCGGUGUGAAAUAAUUAUUAGUGGUGCUUUUCUGUCAGUUAUUGCGCUACCAUCAGGCAAUUUCUAUGGUCUAGACCUUUAUAGACCACAGCUCUCGACCAAUCAGCGCAAAAAAAAUCGUUAACUUUUUGUAAAAUUAUCCUAUCCUCAUUGUUCUCGUUAGAAGUUAUUCCCGCCUCAGCGGUUCGCUAUGGUACCGAUGGGCUAUCUUGAUGCCUUUUAUAAUUUCAGCUGUUCUCUUCAUGAUCUUUUCCUCCACCUCCGGCUUUCCAUAACCAUUGCACAAUUUCUAUGGUCUAUUACCUCACAGAAUAUCGCUCUCCACCAAUCAGCGCGCAAAAAUUAACCAGUUAUUGUAAAAUUAUUGACUUUUUAUGUGAGGAAAUGUUUCCAGCUCAGAGCUCCGCUAUGAUACCAAUGUGCUAUCUUAUUUACUUUCAGGUUGCUCUCUUUACGUUUUUUUCCAUCACCUCCAGUUUGCUGGGUUUAGCAAGCGUUAGCUACUACGCCAACACUGGUGCAGCUUCUUGGGAUGUUUACUGGAGUUCCCUUUAUUACCUCAUCAUCUCUUCAGCUACAUGUCUCUUCGCCAUAGUUCAGGUUAUCAUAGGAGUCGUUGCAGGCAUUUAUAGUUGCCUGGCCUGUGGUGGCGACACUCAGUCAGAACAGGUAGGACCUGACGGGGUGAUGUCAUGGCUAGCAUUGCGAGUUCUAUUUUUUUUUUUAUCAAAGCCGAGUUGAAAUUCUGACUAACCUGAGGGGGCGCUUCGUUUUUCGCACUUUUGUUGCGAACUGGGCGAGCGCGAAACGAGAUCGAGUGACUGGUGACAAAGCGCAAGGGACCAAGAGAAGGGGCGAGAAAGAAGAGGGCGAAGAGACUCUCUUGCUUUCUCCUUCCCGCCUUCCUUUGCGCGCAAAUUAACAUCGAUAGAAAGACGUCUGGGAACGAGCCAGCUAAGUAAACUUUUCUCAUACUUAGAAGUCUGAGGUAAAGAUAUCAAAUGACUCUUUCAUACGGGAAAACAAAGCAAUGAUCGGCUUCUGGUCAGUUUUCGACAACAUAAGUGUUUGACUUGGAAUAGUUUGCCCAAUUUUUGUAGGUGUCCCAAACCAGUCAUGCAGGAGUUGAACUCUUUUCUUACGUAAACGCUUUCUUUUGUUCCAAUAAAUUUUCAUAGGUGCUAGGCAAGUAGAAGAAAACGUUCUAUAGAAUAUAACCACUAGACAGAGUAACAAAUAGUAACAACAAUUAAUUUAAAAUAACUUAAUUAAUUGUUGCCUAGCUAUUGAAUCUUACACUUAUUUUGCAUUUCACGAAUGCAGGCAUCGGUGGUUUCGUCAAACAAGGUUGUGCCGAUAAAUAAUGCAGGGCCAGCUAGUGAUGAUGGCAGAAUGUCAGCACAGGACGACCAGCUACCGAUGGUUCAGGUGGAAGAUGCUCAAGUAUGA